AUGAAACCGCGGCUGCGCAAAAAAAAACCACGCCCACGCGUCAUUAGAAUUUUUGCCGACAGAAUGGCUGGUCGGAUGCGCUUUAUAGAUAUUGGAGCCAAUCUGACCGAUCCUGUUUUCAGAGGCUUAUACAGAGGGAAACAAGCACAUUCAGAUGACUUUCAGAAUGUCUUGAAACGAGCAUAUGACUAUGGAGUAGAAAAGAUAUUUGUUACUGGUGGCAGCUUACCAGACUCCAGGAGAGCUGUUGAAUUAACCAGACUCCAUGAAUCACUUUACUGCACAGUUGGGUGCCAUCCAACACGAUGCCAGGAAUUCGAGAAGCACCCAAGUGGAGAGGGUGAUUACUUCGACAGUCUUCUUUCACUAGCUAAGGAAAACACGAGCAAAGUGGUCGCAAUAGGAGAGUGCGGUCUAGACUACGAUCGGUUACAAUUCUGCCCCAAAGAAAUCCAACUCAAGUACUUUGAGCAGCAAUUCAGUCUCGUUGAAGCAACUGGGUUGCCCAUGUUCUUUCAUUGCCGUAAUGCACAUCAUGACUUUAUGGAUAUUAUUAGGAGAAAUUGGCCCAAAAUGAAGGGAGGCGUGGUUCAUUCUUUUGAUGGGUCAAUAGAUGAGGCAAAGGCAUUUGUGGACAUGGGGCUAUAUAUAGGAAUAAACGGAUGUUCUUUGAAAACAGAGGAGAACCUAGCUGCUGCGGCCAGCAUACCAAGCGGUCGACUCAUGAUGGAAACGGAUGCUCCGUGGUGUGAAAUGAGAGCAACACAUGCCUCAUUUCAGCAUAUCAAGACUCGCUUUGAAUGCAAGAAAAAAGAGAAGUGGGACCCACAGUGCUUUGUCAAGAGCAGAAACGAACCAGCAGCCGUUAUACAAGUGUUAGAGGUGUUGGCGGCUAUUCGAGGAGAAGAAGCGGCUCAGCUAGCGAGACAGAUACACGAGAACACACAGCGACUUUUCAAACUCUAGAACCAGACAGAGUCUUGCCUAAUGACAGACAAUGAUUCAU